AUGGGGGUUCAGCCUGGUGAACUCCCUCAAGGCCCUGUCCUCCGGAACCGACAUGUAGUAGCGACGCGACUGCAUGUCGAAGAAGAGGUCCGGGAAGUCUUGUCCGCGGGGCAAGUCCUCUUCAUCGUCGGUUGCCGGGUGGGGGGGCGACCGAUGCUCCGGGGAGCGAGGAGGCGCGGUGUCAUCCGUCCCGUGGAUGAAAUCCAUGGUCGGAGGAGGCAGAGGAUGAGGUCUCCUGCCCUUCCCCCUGCUUUUACUCUGCAGGUUUCUGUGACUCCUGAAAAUCUGCUCCUGGGACUUGGAGGAGCCGUGGAAAUUGUGUUAAACAUGGUGGAUUUGGAAACCCCAAUCAAUUCCAAAGAUAUCAAAGAGACAUUUGACAAUGAAACAACCCCACCCAGUAGUACCAAAUUUCAUCAGAAAUGGGGAGCAAAAUUGGAAACCAAGACAUACUUCUUCGAGCCAGAGAAGUCGUUUCCCUUCAUCGAAGCAGUUCAGAAUGGCUACAUGACGAGAAUCACCGAUAAUGAUAUUAAAUCUUUAGUACUAGAUGUUGAAGGAACCAAUUCAAGCUUCCAAGGAAUCAAUGUUAGUAUUACGUACAUUGUGUGUCCAAAUGAUCCGAAGAUAACAUUGGGAAUUACACUGUCAAUUCUAGUCCUCCUAGUGAAGAACAUCAAGAAGCAAUUUACAUUUGAAGUCCAGGUACUAGAUAGUAACAAUGUCCGGCGCCAGUUUCACGCCAGUACCUACCAGUCUACCACACGAGUCACUCCAUUCUUUUGCACCAUGCGCUUGUGUCUGGAUGAUGGUUGGAGCAGAAUUCAAUUCAACUUAUCCGAUUUCACACAACAGAUAUACAAAACGAACUAUGUUGAGACUCUCCGGGUUCAGAUCCAUGCAAACUGUUGUAUUCGCAAGAUUUAUUUUUCUGACAAACUCUAUUCUGAAGACGAGCUGCCUCCUGAUUUAAAGAUUGAUAUCCCAGUCAAAAACAAGGGCAAGAAAUGA